GGAAGUGAUACGGGCGGCUAACUGGCUAGCUCAGUGCUAGCGAGUAAAUAUGAAGCUACAUCUGAAAAGUAGUUCUGUGUAUUGUCACAGGCUGGAAAAAGAUUGACGUUUUGUUCACGCACUGGUGAGUUGCACAGCCACACAAGGAAUCUGCAAUGGGCCAACGAAGGAGAGCGGCAGCUGUGAAUAAGCCUUCAUCUCACAGAGUCUCUGGGGCUUCUGCAGAGGCUGCCAGGGGCCCCAGCAGGAAGCACAGCAUCUGCAUGGUGUCUGACUUCUUCUAUCCGAAUAUGGGAGGAGUGGAAAGCCACAUUUACCAGCUAUCCCAGUGUUUGAUUGAAAAGGGACACAAGGUGGUGAUUGUCACCCAUGCCUAUGGCAGGAGGAAGGGUGUCAGGUACCUGACCAAAGGACUAAAGGUCUACUACCUCCCGCUGCAGGUGAUGUACAACCAGUCCACAGCCACCACCUGCUUCCACAGUCUGCCACUGCUGCGCUGUGUGUUUGUAAGGGAACGCAUCACUGUGGUACACGCACACAGCUCGUUCUCCGCCAUGGCCCAUGAUGCACUUUUCCAUGCUAAGACCAUGGGCCUUAACACGGUGUUCACUGACCACUCGCUCUUCGGCUUUGCUGAUGUGAGCUCUGUGCUGACCAACAAGCUUCUCACUGUGUCGCUGUGUGACACCAACCACAUUGUGUGCGUGUCAUACACCAGUAAGGAGAACACAGUGCUCCGUGCAGCACUCAACCCAGAGAUAGUGUCUGUUAUUCCCAACGCUGUUGACCCUACGGACUUUACCCCCGACCCCUCCCAGCGCAGAGACGACAGGAUCACUAUUGUUGUGAUCAGCCGUCUUGUCUACCGCAAAGGAAUUGAUCUUCUUGGUGGGAUAAUCCCAGAGCUCUGCCUCAAACAUCCAGAUCUGCAUUUCAUAAUUGGUGGAGAGGGACCAAAGCGACUUGUGCUGGAGGAAGUGAGAGAGAAAUACCAACUGCAUGACAGGGUGCGUCUGCUGGGGGCGCUGGAGCAUAAAGAUGUUCGUGGAGUUCUGGUGCAGGGUCACAUCUUCCUCAACACAUCUCUGACUGAAGCGUUCUGCAUGGCCAUUGUGGAAGGCGCCAGCUGUGGACUGCAGGUGGUUAGCACUCGAGUCGGAGGCAUUCCUGAGGUGUUACCUGAGGACUUGAUUACCCUGUGUGAGCCUACUGUGCGGUCAUUGUGUGCUGGUCUGGAGACAGUCAUUGCCAAGCAGCGUUCGGGGUCUGUCCCCUCCCCCGCCUCCAUCCAUGCUUCUGUGCAAAACCUCUACACCUGGAGAAACGUUGCAGAGAGGACUGAAAAGGUGUACGACCAAGUGUCUAGAGAGGAGGUGCUUCCGCUGGACAGACGGUUACAGAGGCUGAGGGGUCACUGCGGCCCAGUCGCUGGCUCCAUCUUUGCAUUUGCGGCCGUUUUAGACUUCCUCUUCCUGCUGCUUCUGCGGUGGUUGGUGCCAGACAGGGUCAUGGACGUCGCCGUGGACGCCACCGGCCCUCACGGACUGUGGAGGCAGGAACCAGGCAGUGAAGUCAGUGCCACGAAGCGAGCAGCAGAACCAGAUAUCCCUUCCUACUGAUCACUCCACACCCCUGCCUCACUUCUAGCUGCUUACGUGGUGUCAUAUGCCGUCUGUGUGGUGCAGACCGACAUCUGGAACAUGGCUCCUAAAUGCUCAUGAUAACCCCAAACAUUGUUUACAUUCACUUAUCAAAAGGGACCUUGUGUGGAAGCAUUUUAUCAAAGACUUAUCAAAGAUUUUUUUUUUAUAUAUAUAUUUAAUGAUUAAAAUGGAAAUCUAUGGCACUUCUUGGAGCUUCAAAAGCCUCUUUGUUGAUUUGAAAUACACUCUUUAGAUUGCACUGAACAGAGGGAGUAAAAGGGCUGGUUUAUUGUUCUCUUACAGGGAAACUAAAUGGCAGUAGCUUAUUUUCAGAUUGAUGCAUUACAUACCUCAUAUAGAACAAAGGUGUUGUGGGUAAAUUCAGUUUGUGCAAAGCUGUGUAUCAGUGCAUUUUGCUUUAUUUGUCUGAUUUUGUCCUCAUGAUAACACUCCUUUGUUUAAUAAUUGUAUAUUUAUAUGAAGCCUGGGAGCUUUUUCAGAUGACCACAUGCCUCCCAGGUAAGCCACUCUGAAAAAUAAAGUGUACUUU